AAAUUAGGUUUUGCCCUCUCUCUCUCUCUCUCUCUCUCUCUCUCUCCGAAUCAUUUCUUCUGAACUGCCUUCAUCGGCUUUAGUAUUUCGCCUCCGAGCUUUUUCGAUAACAUCCCUUUCUUUAGAGUAUAGAGGAGGAGCCAAGGAAUGGCGAGAGGAUUGCUUGGCAAGCUCGUCUCUCGAUCUCUCUCUGUCGCCGGGAAAUGGCAGCAACAGCAGCUCCGACGUCUCAACAUCCACGAAUAUCAGGGGGCCGAGUUGAUGAGCAAAUAUGGGAUCAAUGUACCAAGAGGAGUUGCUGUUUCUUCUGUUGAAGAAAUUAAGAAGGCAAUUCAGAAUGCAUUCCCCAAGGAGAAUGAGCUGGUGGUUAAGAGCCAAAUUCUUGCUGGUGGACGAGGCUUGGGAACCUUCAAGAGUGGUCUUAAGGGUGGAGUUCAUAUUGUCAAGGCUGAUCAAGCUGAAGAAAUUGGCGGGAAGAUGCUUGGGCAGAUACUAGUCACCAAACAAACUGGACCCCAAGGGAAAAUUGUGAGCAAGGUUUAUUUGUGUGAAAAGUUGUCACUUGUCAAUGAGAUGUAUUUUGCCAUCACUCUGGACCGUACGAGUGCUGGGCCACUUAUAAUUGCCUGUAGGAAGGGAGGUACUAGUAUUGAAGACCUUGCAGAGAAAUUUCCGGACAUGAUUGUUAAGGUUCCUAUCGAUGUUUUUAAAGGAAUCACAAAUGAAGACGCUGCUAAAGUUGUUGAUGGUUUGGCUCCCAAAGUGGCAGAUAGAAAUGCUUCAAUAGAACAAGUGAAAAAGCUAUAUCAACUUUUCUGUGAGUGUGAUUGCACAUUGUUGGAGAUCAACCCCAUUGCAGAAACAUCUGAUAACCAGUUGGUGGCUGCUGAUGCGAAGUUGAACUUUGAUGAUAAUGCUGCCUUCCGUCAGAAGGAGAUAUUUGCUCUCCGUGAUUCGUCCCAAGAAGAUCCUCGGGAGGUUGCUGCUAGCAAAGCAGAUUUGAACUAUAUUGGCUUAGAUGGGGAAAUUGGUUGUAUGGUGAAUGGUGCUGGAUUGGCAAUGGCUACAAUGGAUAUAAUUAAAUUGCAUGGUGGAACACCUGCCAAUUUUUUAGAUGUUGGUGGGAAUGCCUCGGAGAGCCAGGUGGUGGAAGCAUUUAAAAUAUUGACAUCUGAUGAGAAGGUGAAAGGAAUCUUGGUCAAUAUCUUUGGAGGAAUCAUGAAGUGCGAUGUUAUAGCAAGUGGGAUUGUCAAUGCUGCCAAACAGGUUCAAUUGAAAGUACCAGUGGUUGUUCGUCUUGAAGGAACCAAUGUGGACCAAGGGAAAAGAAUCCUGAAGGAGAGUGGGAUGACGUUAAUUACCGCAGAAGAUCUGGAUGAUGCGGCUGAGAAAGCAGUUAAAGCAGCGGCAAGUUAAGGGGAUGACUUUCAAUCCCCAUGCUGUAACCUAAACUUAAUUCUUUUAUGGCAAAGUAAAUCUCAUGUUCUCCAAGGGGUAUUAUUGGAGCACGUGCAUAUUUUGUUUUAGGCAAAUGGAAAAAGGGUAUUAAAGAGACUCGAGAUUCAAGAGGAGAUACGAGCAAGAAAUUCUCAAUAAUGCUUUGCAGUAAACAAGGAAAAAAAUUUAAUUGAACGAAUUCAUUGAGUUUCAA